AUGAAGUUCGGUCUGGCUGCCUUUGAUGCCAGUUGGGAUAGGCACUAUCAAGAUUUAAGUACCAAUGUCUUGGGAAGACAGACCAGAGAAUUCAAGGAGCAGCUUACUAUUUUUCAAGAACGAUUAGUAGAGUUUGCCAAAGAUCACAAUAAGGAGCUCAAAGAGAACCCGGAGUUCCGAGCUAAAUUUAUCCGGAUGUGUGCUUCUAUCGGUAUCGAUCCUAUCUCUCUUUUCGAUAGACAGAGGCAUCUUUUUGACGUUAACGAUUUUUAUUACGAGAUAUGCGUCAAAGUAAUAGAAAUAUGCCGGAAGACCAAGGAUCUCAAUGGCGGCGUGAUAUCAUUUGAUGAAUUGCAUAAAGGUUACUUUAUCAUGCUAAAGGUACAAAUAGAGGAUCUUGAAAAGUCAAUCGAAAUGCUGCAAAGCCUUGAUGGUGGGUUUGAAGUAUUCUUUAUUAAGGGUAAAAAGUUUCUUCGUAGUGUUCCCAAUGAAUUAACUGAUGAUCAGACAAAAAUUCUGGAAAUAUGUUCAGUCCUAGGAUAUGCAAGUAUUUCUUUGUUAAGAGUGAAUCUUAACUGGAAGCCUUUUAGGAGUGACGCGAUUUUGAAGGAAAUGGUUGCCAAUGGGUUAUUAUGGACUGACAACCAGGCCCAGGGUGAGGUUCUAUAUUGGGAUCCAGCGUGGAUUAUACGCUCUAGCUCUCUUAUGUAA